CACGUUCUCUAGAAUGUGCUAGAAUUUUUUUUGAGACGUAUUUAAUAUAAGUAUUAUAACUAAAUGCGUACUAGUCAUUUACAAACAUCGCAGUAGUUCAAGAAGCUGCAGUAUAUAAUUGGAACUUGUGUAUGAUUUUGUCCGUUUAAAUUAAAAUAAAACGAUAAAAGAAAUGUCACAUGAAACAACUUUGUUACAUUGUUAUAAUCGUGGUUGUGGUAAGAAGUUUGAUCCGAAUGAUAAUAAAGAAGGAGAUUGCAUUCAUCACCCUGGUCAUCCGGUAUUUCAUGAUGCUUAUAAAGGCUGGUCCUGUUGUAACAAAAAAUGUACAGAUUUCACAGAAUUCUUGAAUAUCAAAGGAUGUACAAAAUCUUGUCACUCAAAUGUCAAACCACCUGAGCCAGAGAAACCUGCUGUUGACAAAUCGAAGACUAACGAAAUAAUUGAAGUAACUGCUCAGCCUCUCAAUAAUGGACCUGUGUUGGAAAGGCCUCCUUUUGAUGCUCCACAAGUUACAUUAAAACCUACUGUGUCACCUACAUUAUUAGAACAAAUUAAAGGAUUAACUUCUUCUAUAUCAGAAAUUCUACCACAAACAAAAGUUCAAAUUGGACAAAGCUGUAAAAACAAUGCAUGUAAAGCUACGUACAAUGGCCCAGCAUCUGAUGAUGAAGUGUGCAAUCAUCAUCCUGGUAUUCCUAUUUUUCAUGAAGGAAUGAAAUAUUGGUCUUGUUGUCAAAAGAAAACUACAGACUUUUCCACAUUCUUAGAACAACCAGGAUGUUUGCAAGGAAAACAUAAAUGGAUUUCUGAGAAUACUGGUAAAAAAGUUAACUGUAGAAUGGAUUGGCAUCAAACUGGAACAUUGAUUGUAGUUUCUAUUUAUGCAAAGAAAUACCAGCCAGACCAAUCAACUAUUAAAUUAAAUCCUAUACGUUUAACUGUGGAUCUAUAUUUUAUUGAAGAAAACUCUAGAUAUAAUCUCGAUUUAGAACUUAGAGGAGUUGUUGAUAUUACACAAAGCAGUGUAAAUAUGCUUCCAACUAAAGUAGAAAUUAAAUUAAAAAAAGCUGAAUCUGGAUCAUGGGCAAAAUUAAAUAUUCCUAGAACAAACGAGAUAGAAACAGAAGAAAAUGACAAAACUGAUGAAAACAUUAGCGCACAAGUUGAAGCAGUUGAUCUUAGCGAUCUUUAAGUGUUCAUAUUUAAUUAUUUUAUUAUAAAUAUUAUAAAACAUGAAUAUAUUAUCUAUUUAAAGAUGAUACUUUCAUUUGAAGGUACAAAGAAAUAUUAUUUUCUUAAUGUUAUCGGAUUUAUUUCCGAGAAAAGUGGGGAUACUUAGUAUUCGCUUUGUUAUUUUCAUAAGAAAAACUAAAAAGUCUAUCAUUAAAUUUUGAUAUUUAAAAACAGUAUUGAGUUUUCAAUA